AUGCGCUUUUUCUCUUUGCAAUUGGUUCUCAGAAUCUCCACCCUCCUCAACAAUUUGCCUAUGGCGGACUCGGCAGGCUGGCAGGCUCCGGGGCGCUACUCCAUUGGCGGCCGGGAUGGAGACGAUGCGAGCGCAGCGGCUGCAGCCUGCGGCGCCGCCGGCAGCCCGGCAGUGCUGCGAGAGGCCGUGGAGGCCGUAGUGAGGAGCUUCGCCAAGCACACGCAGGGCUAUGGCCGAGUGAAUGUGGUGGAGGCACUUCAGGAAUUCUGGCAGAUGAAGCAGUCCCGUGGUGCUGACUUAAAGAAUGGGGCUCUAGUGGUUUAUGAGAUGGUUCCCUCCAACAGCCCUCCUUAUGUCUGCUAUGUCACGCUGCCUGGGGGAAGUUGCUUUGGGAGUUUCCAGUUUUGCCCCACAAAAGCUGAGGCCCGGAGGAGUGCUGCAAAGAUUGCGCUAAUGAAUUCUGUGUUUAAUGAACAUCCUUCCCGAAGAAUCACUGAUGAGUUCAUCGAGAAGAGUGUCUCUGAGGCCCUGGCAUCUUUCAAUGGCAACAGGGAGGAAGCUGACAACCCAAAUACAGGGAUUGGUGCCUUCCGAUUCAUGCUGGAAUCCAACAAGGGCAAAUCAAUGUUGGAGUUCCAGGAGCUAAUGACAGUUUUUCAACUGCUACACUGGAAUGGCAGCCUUAAGGCCAUGAGGGAACGACAAUGCUCUCGGCAGGAGGUGUUGGCUCAUUACUCGCACCGGGCUCUGGAUGAUGAUAUUCGCCACCAAAUGGCCUUGGACUGGGUGAGCCGGGAGCAGAGUGUGCCAGGGGCACUGUCUAGAGAGCUGGCCUCUACUGAGCGGGAGCUGGAUGAAGCCCGACUGGCAGGCAAGGAGCUGCGCUUCCACAAGGAGAAGAAAGAUAUUCUCGUGCUGGCUGCUGGGCAGUUGGGCAAUAUGCAUUCUUCCAACUGCUAGGCAUCCACCCACAUACUCCCCAGCCUUUCCACAGCCUUUUUUGUAUGUCUCCUUUCUAAGAUUUAGAAUGAUUUUUUGUACAUACUUUCUCAAUUUUAUACUUAAAAAUAUAUAUAUAUAUGUGUAUAGAUUCUACACCUAGAUUCCUAUUUGCUAAGAGAUCCCUUUUCUUACUUCCAGUUUUUGGAUGUAGUUUUAUUUGAAACAUCUUCAGUCCACUUUACAAGAAAGAGCACGUUGUCUUUGAAGCUUUGUUAGCUCUUAAACUUUCAGAUUAACUGUGUAGUCAUUUCAGUAGCACUAAAAGAUUAACUC